ACUCUGUAGUUUCUGAGACCUCAAGCUUCUACUCAGUCCAUCAGCAUUGUAGCGUCCGGCCCCUGGAUCAGUGACGCGGCAACCCCAGGCUUCCUGCAGUAACUCUGUGCAGCUCACACCAAGCUGGUCCUAUCCGUGCCUUCGUGCUUCUGUUUGGGUUGAAGCUGUGGACUGUCCCCGAGGAUUCAGACUUGCUCUGGAGAAGUGAUACCCUAAUCUUCCACCCCUACCCCUGACAAAUGAUGGUCUUAUUUCAUCUGAGAGAAAAAGGCCUUUCCCUCCGGACCGAGGGAGGAUCGAGAUCCCAGUCUGGACCACACAUCCGACCCCCCUUGGAAAGAGGCGAGAUCGCCGCUGCGUUUUGUUUCAAUGCCCCGGGAACCCUGUCUACAAAAAUGACAGCUCGAGCCCUCUGGCUUCUCUGUUUGAUCGUCGGAUGGUCCCCCGAAGCCCCGGGGGCGGAGAGAAAAGCCCCGCCGCCGCACCGAAAGCCGGACGCCCGGGAGACGCCAGGGCCGCGCGCACAGCCGCUGCCCGAGUUCGCGCGCCGGCCGCGCGCCGCCUACACAGGGCCGCGCGCCUGGCUUGACCCUCGGCGCCGGAAGGCCGCGCCGCCGGCCGACAACCGCGCCGGCUUCCGGGAUGCAGUGCGCGCGCCCGCGGGGCUUCCGGGCCCGCGCCUCGCGCAGGCGGAGAACCGCGCGUCUCCGCCCGAGGACUCCCCGCGGCGCGCGCGCUCUCGGGCUCCGGGACCCCCGGGCGCGCGCGCCGCCGGCCCCGCCCACCCGAAUCGACCGCGCGCCGCCGCGGAGCCUUCUGGAACCCCGCAGGCGCUGUCGCCCGAGGAUGGGGAGCUGGAGACCCCGUCCUGCGCGCGCGCCUGCAGCGAGGACGCGGACGAGCGCGAGGCCUACUGCGCCAGCGAAUUCGCAGCGGUGAACGGAAUCGUGCACGACGUGGACGUGUUGGGCGCGGGCAUGCGCCUGGUGACUCUACUGGUGGACCCCGACGGGCUGUAUAAGAUGAGCCGCCUGUACAUCACUCCCGACGGCUUUUUCUUCCGCGUGCAUAUACUAGCCCUGGACUCCUCCAGUUGCCAUAAGCCGUGUCCAGAAUUUAAACCCGGAAGCAGGUAUAUUGUGAUGGGCCACAUCUACCAUAAGAGACGGCAGCUCCCCAGUGCUCUGUUCCAGGUCCUAAGAGGGCGCCUGCGUCCAGGAGACGGGCUGAUCCGGGGUGGCAGCAGCUACGUGAAGAGGUUUAACCGAAAGCGGGAGUGGCAAGUUCGAGGUGCCACCCACACCCAGUGCACUUGAACAGGCUUGGCACUUGUGGUCGGUCUUCACAUGGCGGGAGGCUUCCGUGAAACUGGGCCCACAGCUAGUUACCUUAUGGACUGCUUGUGCAGGUUAGCUCUAACGCUGCCCCUUUAUUUACACUAGACCCCCCCGCCCCCCGCGGGUCAACAGAUCAUACCACUUUUGCUGUUUUUAAGUUAUUUUAAUUUAAUACAUUUCCCCCAGUGGAGACAGUUCACAAAACAUUUCUCGAAUUUAAAUAUACAGCUUUGAAUAGCAGCUAUCAUGUGUCAAGCCAGAUUUUGUAUUUAAAGCAUCGAGUUUUAAAUUCCACACACUGAGGGUAAGCAUUCUAGUCAUUUACAUAUGAAAUGUCAUAUAGAUCAAACGCCAGCCAACUAUACAUUUCAAGAGCUAAUUCAAGCAAAACAUCAUUCAAGGUGUGUUCCUGAUGUACCAAAAUAAAAGCCGCUGUGUAUUGUCUUGUC